UAAAAAAAACAAGUUUUUUAAUAUUAAAAAUAAAGUACGAUUAUAAAUACCAUCGUAUUUAUAAUAUAACAUAACAAAAUGGAAAGUAUUUCCAAUUUUAAAAAAAAGUGAGGUUAUAAAAAUCAAGGUCAGGUGCGUCAGGUGAUUAUAUAUUAUUAUUAUGUGUAUAGAGGGUGGGAUUUUACCGAUUUUUACCACCUCCUCAAUGCAGUGAAUUAACCCCGCACAACAAAUAUGUGAUUAUUGACUUUUCGAACUCUCUCACUCAGUAGUUAACCAGAAAGGCUCUGGAAAAAAAAAAUGGGUUUAUUUGAUCGUCUAGCCAAUCUUUUAGGACUGAGGAGAAAAGAAGUAAACGUUUUGGUAGUUGGACUGAAUAACAGUGGUAAGUCAACGGUCAUAAAUCAUUUCAAACGCGAGGAAGACCGUUGUCUAGACAUAGUACCCACUGUCGGUUUUAAUGUCGAAAAAUUCGCAUUUAAAAAUGUCAGUUUCACAGCAUUUGAUAUGUCCGGCCAUGAUCGAUAUCGAUCUCUAUGGGAACAUUAUUAUAAAGAUUGUCAUGGAAUAAUAUUUUUAAUAGACAGUACUGAUAAAUUAAGAUUGGUAGUUGUAAAAGAGGAACUGGACAUGUUGCUACAGCAUCCGGACGUUGAAGGACGAAAAAUUCCAAUACUAUUUUUAGCGAAUAAAAUGGAUUUACCCGAUUCUCUCACAACGGUAAAACUUGUCUCUGGUCUUGGAUUAGAAAAAAUACACAAUAAACCUUGGCACAUAAGAGCAACUAAUGCAGUUACUGGAGAAGGAUUACAACCAGCAAUAGAAUGGCUAACUGAUCAAAUAAGAGAUAUUUAUAUUAAUAAGAGGUAGCCUUCCAUAAAUGUGCAAUUAAUUUUUUUUUCGAGAAGUAUCAACUUCACUAUUUAAAUUAUGAUAAAAAAUUUUCUCGAGUGAGCACAAUAAUACUGAGUUUAUAUAAAUAGAUUUAUAUUUUCAGUAUAACAUAUACACUCAAUCCGUCCAUUUACAAUACAAUCAUAUAAAAUUAUGUACAGAAAAUUCUGUAUUUAUAAUAAUAAUUUAACUUUAGAGAAUAAUAUUUAUUUAUUAUUGUAUUUUCAAGCAUUUGAAACAUUAUUGUUCCAUUAAAAGAUAUUUAAAAACGUAA